AUGGCUGCCGCGCAGACUCCCACCUUCAAGCUCGUCCUUACCACCUUCGUCAAGCGCCACUUGACUGGUGAGUUCGAGAAGAAGUAUAUGGCUACCCUCGGUGUCGAGGUUCACCCUUUGGGGUUCACCACGAACUUCGGCCAGAUCCAGUUCGAUGUCUGGGAUACCGCCGGCCAGGAGAAGUUUGGUGGUCUUCGUGACGGCUACUACAUCAACGGCCAGUGCGGUAUCAUCAUGUUCGAUGUCACCUCCCGUAUCACCUACAAGAACGUUCCCAACUGGCACCGCGACCUUGUCCGUGUCUGCGAGAACAUCCCCAUUGUUCUCUGCGGUAACAAGGUUGACGUGAAGGAGCGCAAGGUCAAGGCCAAGACCAUCACCUUCCACCGCAAGAAGAACCUCCAGUACUACGACAUCUCCGCCAAGUCCAACUACAACUUCGAGAAGCCCUUCCUUUGGCUCGCACGCAAGCUCGUCGGCAACCCCGCUCUGGAAUUCGUUGCCGCGCCAGCUCUGGCCCCCCCCACCGCCCAGGUCGAUGAGAAGCUCCUCGAGCAGUACCGCAAGGAGAUGGACGACGCCGCCAACAUGCCUCUGCCCGGUGAACUUUCGGACGAUGACUUGUAA